AUGUUCCCCAAUGAGCUGUACUGCGAGAUCCUCAAGGGUGUGCCGCGCAUUGACCUAGGGUCCAUCGCACGGUUUCACUUAUUGGUGCGACCGUUCCUCUACCGCAGGCUUCAUCUGCGGCCUUCUGCGCUAUCUCGCACCUGCACGAGGAAAUUUGGACUCCCCACAAUUGCCAACGCCAAAUACUUCAUCGAAAAGCUUCGGUUUUACGCCUCCCCCGAUAUUUGUCAAUUCGUCCAUGUGCUGCACAUCAUCGGAGACCACGAAGACACGACGCUGGAGAAGUUGGACUGGACAAUGAUGAUGGAGUGUCGCUUGCACGAAACUCCAUUCUGCGCAGGACGCAUGGCGCACGUUCUGCGUGAUCGGCUCUUUGAUUUACUGGGCAACUUCGUCCACCUUCGCAGCCUGAUUGCGGAGCGUCUGCUAUUCACCGCCCCAGCACUGCUUCAGCUCACCCGUCUUGAGGGGCCACUCACACUAAAUCUCAUACGGUGCUGCUUCCCAACGCUUCCUCUCCCCUUUGAUCCUUUCAUAUUCCCUAUGGUGCUCCGCAGCCCUAUCCGCAUUUGUGUGUCUACACUGACGAUAUCGAGUCCUGCAAAUGGGCGAGACUUCUGGCUGUGGCUAUCCCUCCUCAACCCAGACACAUUGAAGCAGGUGACGUGGGUCCUGGGAACACAGCCGGAGCAGUGGCCCUCCACCAUUCCAGCGGUGCUGCCGCGUGUCAAGACCCUUGUGCUGGACUUGCCCUGGCAGCUUUCCCGCCCUAGCUGGGCCGUUCUGCGCCAUGUCUUUCCAAGUGUUACAGCACUCACUGCGACCGGAGUGGCCAGCGGGCCCGAAUUAACGCCCCAGACCGUUCUUGCGAUGAUCACACCAUCAGGGUGGCACUUAAAUAUACAUGCGAGAGGCUUCCGAGCCCUGCGCGCGGUGCAAACUGGUUGCGGAAGCCUGACAGACGCUAUAUCCGGCACUAGCAUAGUGACCCUCCGCAUCGACGAGUGCGAGAUGCAUGCAAUGCUGUGGGCGCUGCACUAUGUCGAGGGCCCGGUGCCCCGCUCGAUCACAACGCUUGCCGUCCAUAUACGCGACGGCUCUGGCCCCGGAUGGGCCGCAGUCUUGACGUUCUUUCCUGCCCUCGACAAUCUGGAAUUCCUCGUGUCAAUGACGUUUACUGGAGAGAGCAUGGAAGCUACGCAGUGGCUCGAGAUGCGAGAUUUUCUUAUGACGUUCCCCUCCAUCCUUCCGACUGGUCUUACAACGCUAACUUUUGAAUAUCGGAGUAUCUCUGCCGCACUGGUGGCUGGCACAACCGACCAAUCACUCAUCGAAUCGGCGUCCGCCUCCGAGCUUGAGCCGACUCCAAGUUCCCGUCUCCCACCGCCGUUUACACAGCACAUGGGGUAG